GUGUUGUUGUGUAGGGAGUGAAGGUGACGGGUGAGGUGGACCCUGAGAGGUCGGGAGGUCAGGUCUACCCUACCCUGGUGGCUCUUCUCAAGUCAUCCAGCCAGCAUUUCACAGCCAACAUCGAGAAACAGGAGUAUGUGUAUGUGGAGGAGUGUGAUGUGGGGGAUGGGAGGGUGGGAGGAGGAGAGGGACAAGCCAGUGAGCCAGCCCAGCCCGACACCGCUGAGUCAGCAGAACGUCAGACUCCCAUGAAAGACAGAAAGUCUCUCACUCCAGCCAAGAAGACACCAACCACAGCAGAAGGUGGGAAGAGAGGUAAGGGAGGUAUCCCCAAGAGCACGUUCCAGGGAGUGUCCAGUCUGGAGCCAUCCCAGAAAUGGCAGUCUCUGGGAGUCAGCGAUGAGCUCUACGUCACUGCUCCAGAGACUCCAAUCAAGACUGCCACCGCAGGGUCAGCCCCAUUUUAAUUACUUACAUAUGUGAUUAAAGGGAAUGCGGUAGUAAUUAUAAGGGUUAAAGUUAUAAAUUGCUUCAACUGGGCCCUAUUGUUUAGUUCUUUCAUAUUUUAUCCCAUACUUAUACUUACACAUUCCCUUUAACACUAUCAAAAUCAUACGCACAUUGCUGUGAAUAUGCAUGAUGUGUGUGCACUCCUAUUACAUAGGUCAAAGAAGAGGGCACAUAUAGUCAUACCUCCUGAGUCAAUGGGUAAAUCAGCCACCAGCAUAAGAUCCAAGUCACAUGCGAGUCGCAGUUCAGGAGACAUGGAUGACAGUGGGAGCAGCUCCGAGGGAAGUGAGGAGGAGGACCAGCAGGACAGGAGACCGGAGUCGAAUGCCGACCUCCCCAACGAGUACUGGCAGAUCCAGAAGCUCAUCAAGUACCUGAAGGGAGGGAACCAGACGGCCACUGUCAUAGCCCUCUGUGCACUCCUGGAGUUUGACCUGAAGCAGGAGGCGUGUCAGCUGGCCAUCCGGGACUCUGGGGGGCUGGACCUGCUCAUUAACCUCCUGGAGACCAACGAGUCUCGGUGCAUGAUCGGGACCCUCAAGAUCCUGAGAGAGAUCUCCACAAACAGUCUCACCUGUACCGCCAUUGUGGACCUUGCCGGUCUCCCGAUGCUGGUGCAGAUCCUGACCUCCCCCAACAGAGAGCUCAAGUGCUUGGCUGCAGAGACCAUUGCCAACGUGGCCAAGUUCAAACGGGCGCGACGGAUUGUCAGACACAACGGAGGCAUCAGGAAACUAGUGGGGUUGCUGUCCAGCCCAGGUCGCCCCAGCACCCCAGUGACCGGGGAACGGAGCGACAUUGAGGUGGCUCGCAGUGCAGCACUGGCUCUCUGGUCUUGCUCCAAGAGCAAGAGCAACAAGAUGCCGAUGUACCAGGAGUUGAUCAGGUCUGAGGGUAUGGUGCAGAACCUGGUGAGGGGUCUCAAGAUGGAGAACCAGGAACUCCAGAAACACUGCGCCUCUGCCAUUUUCAAGUGUGCAGAGGAGGAGAGUACUCGUAAUCUGGUGAGAGAGCAUGAGGGGCUACCCUCUCUGGCCACCCUCCUGAGGGUCACUAAGAACAAAGACCUCCUCUGUGCCGCCACUGGCGCCGUCUGGAAGUGCAGCAAGAGCCCCGAGAACGUCAAAAAACUGAAGAAACUGAGGGUGAUAGACCAGCUGGUGUCUCUGCUCUCUAAACAACCCGAAGAGGUUUUGGUGAAUGUUGUGGGUGCCCUGGGAGAGUGUGCUGCAACAGACGCAGACAAUCGAGUGGCCCUCAGGAAGGCUGGAGGGGUGGUCCCUCUCGUUCAACUGCUAACGGGCACUAAUCAGGCGCUGCUCAUCAACACCACCAAGUCUGUGGGAGCUUGUGCUCUAGACAAUGACAGCAUGACGCUGAUAGACAAGAACGAUGGAGUGAGGUUACUCUGGUCCCUUCUCAAAUCACCCAACACUGAGGCGUGUGCUGCCUGGGCCAUAUGUCCAUGCAUCGAACAUGCAAAGGAUGCGGGAGAGCUUGUGCGGUCGUUUGUGGGCGGUCUGGAGCUGAUAGUGGGUCUCCUCAAGUCUCCCGACAGAGAGGUCCUGGCCAGCGUGUGUGCUGCCAUCGCCAAGAUUGCCCAGGACGAGGAGAACCUUGGAGUCAUCACUGAUCACGGCGUUGUUCCCCUCCUGGCUGCUCUCACUGACACUACUGAUGACCACCUGAGGAAACACUUGUCAGAUGCCAUCGCAAGGUGCUGCAUGUGGAGGAACAACCGGGUGGCGUUUGGAGAGGAGAAGGCGGUGGCCCCACUAGUCACCUACCUCCACUCCCCCGAUCCUCUGGUCCACAGAGCCACUGCCUGUGCCCUCCACCAGCUCUCCAAGGACCCUGACAACUGCAUCACCAUGCAUGAGGCUGAGGUCGUCCAGCCUCUGCUGAAAAUGGUAGGAUCACGAGACGAGAUACUCCAGGAGGCUGCCGCUGGCUGCAUCAGUAACAUUCGCCACCUCGCUCUCGCCAACGAGAAGGCCAAAUUCAAGUGACUCGAAAACCAACUCAUACACACUAGAUACAACACGCAGCAUUGGCAUACAUAGUCACAAGAUAAUAAUUAUUAAUAUCCAGGAUGUCAAGAUCAAAGGAAAAGUUAAAGGGAAUGUGGCAGUAUAGUUAUUAUGGCUAAAUUAAGGAAAUGUUACUAAAAGAGAACACUUCUCACAAGGCUCUAUUGUUUAUUUAGCCCUUACGUACUGCCACAUUCCCUUUAAUGGGUGUUUCAUUGACACAAACGAAAAAUAUUUCCCGAGCAUGCACAAAGAUCUCAUGUCUCAGGAAAAGAACUUGACACCAGCGUCAGAGCCGUCUGCACUGUCUCCUGGGAUGAGCUCAGCCUUCCCCUCUCUGGCCAGGGCCUGGAUGGACCUCUGCAGUACCCACAGCUCGAUUCCACAGAACUCUUCCUCAGUUGUAUCCUCCCCAGAAUGUAACUCAUAGAGAGUACACACACUGUUACCAUGUCCCGAGGCCUGGGCCCAUUUGUAGAUGAGCUCCCCCCACUCUCUGGGAGAUCUCCACAUCACCAGGCACCGACUCUUCUCACUGUUCUGCCACUCUACAUUACCCCUAGAUUCUAGUGUUUUGAGUACAAGAUCUAUGCCUUCUGGUGGUAAUCUACGGUUGAUGUCCUGGUUGGAGAAGAGCUGGCUGGACUGAGCCUCGCUGAUGUCCAGGACGUACGACUUGUGGGCCCGGUGGUAGUCGAGUACCAGGCGACACCACGCCUCCAGCUGCUUGGCCCUGGUGUCGCUGUUCACCUGGACCGUGAAGAACGGGGGAAAGUAGUACUGCCACGGCCACGUGAACCCUCCGCCACCCCCCGACAGCGAGCGGAGAGACGAAGUCAUGAGUCCGUCCGUCUACCUAGCCGGCCACAAGGAGAUGACCACGC